GAGGGCUGACUGGCCCACCGGCCCAGGCGGAGGGUGCUGUUUGCCGAGCUGACCGCCCCGCGGGGCAUUUUUCUUCAGCAACCCCGUCACAUCCGCUGGGAAGUUACUCGGCGAGUGUCUGAAAAAGAAGACGGCGCGCCCCGCUGUGGUAACCGAAGUCCUGAGACGCUUUGAGCUCCGGGGAGAAACUUUCUUUCUCGCGGGGGUCAAGGGAGCUCUUCGCUGGAUGGACAUGCGGGAAGGAGCACCAUGAAGCUGGGCUGCCCGGGCGCCUUCCUCGCCUCCCACCGCCGCGGCCGCUUUGAGAAGCAACGCAGAGGCAGGCAGCGGCUCCCUGCUCUCUAACUGCCUCGGGUUGCGGCGACCGGGGGUGGGGAUGUCGGGGACGCCUGCCUGUGUCGUGCUGCUGCUCCUGCUAACAGUAGCGGAGCGCGGCCGGGCUGGCUUCGCCUUCCGCCUCCAAGUAUCUUCUCCGGUGACCCCCGAGAGCACCCUGGUCCCCACUCCCGUGUUGCUAAAGUCGCGGAGCAGCGGCGAGCCGGCGCUCCCAAAAGCCUCGGGCUUGGCCUUAGCGUCGGAUCCCAGCGGCUCCCUCAACUUUCUGGCCAUGGUGGACAAUCUGCAGGGCGACUCGGGACGCGGCUACUAUUUCGAGCUGCUCCUCGGCACCCCGCCGCAGAAGCUAAAUAUUCUAGUUGACACAGGAAGCAGCAAUUUUGCAGUUUCAGGUGCACCAAAUGCAGAUCUCACCUCAUACUUCAACACAGAAAAAUCUAGCACAUAUAAAUCGCUGAAUGCUGAGGUUACUGUUAAAUAUACCCAGGGAAGUUGGAAUGGAAUUCUUGGAACAGAUGUUGUUAGAAUGCCUAAAGGAAUAAAUGGCACUUAUAUCAUCAACGUUGCUACCAUUUUUCAAUCUGAAAAUUUCUUUUUAAAAGGCAUUCAAUGGCAAGGGAUCCUUGGUUUGGCAUAUAGUACAUUGGCUAAGCCUUCAAGUUCUGUGGAGACUUUUUUUGAUUCUAUUGUGAAUCAAGCCCAGAUCCCCAAUGUUUUUUCCAUGCAGAUGUGUGGACCUAGUUUGCCUGUUUCUGAAACUGGUACUAAUGGAGGUAGUCUUGUAUUGGGUGGGAUUGAACCAAGCCUAUACAAGGGAAAAAUCUGGUAUACACCUAUUAAAAAAGAGUGGUAUUAUCAAGUAGAAAUACUGAAAUUUGAAGUUGGGGGCCAGAACCUUAACUUGGACUGCAAAGAGUACAAUUCAGACAAAGCAAUUGUGGACAGUGGAACAACUCUCUUGCGGCUUCCAGAAAACGUCUUUAGUGCUGUUGUGGGCGCCAUUACACAGACUUCUUUGAUCCAAGAAUUCACACCUGGAUUUUGGAGUGGCACACAACUUGCUUGCUGGGAUAAAAGUGAAAAUCCUUGGGUCCUCUUUCCUAAGAUCUCGAUCUAUCUGAGAGAUGUUAAUUCCAGCCAGUCCUUUCGAAUUACUAUCCUUCCACAGCUUUACAUUCAGCCAAUUCUAGGGAUUGGACAGAAUCUAGCCUGCUAUCGGUUUGGUAUCUCCUCUUCCUCCAAUGCCUUGGUUAUUGGGGCUACAGUGAUGGAAGGAUUCUAUGUCAUCUUUGAUAGAGCCCAAAAGAGAGUGGGAUUUGCAUUAAGUACUUGUGCUGAACUGCAUGGUUCUCCAUUAUCUGAGAUUGAAGGCCCUUUCACUACCACAGAUGUGGCAGGCACUUGCGUAUCAACUGUAUCUGUCCAUGAACCAAUCUUGUGGAUUGUGUCUUACACACUUAUGAGUUUCUGUGGACUUGUACUUCUCAUACUCAUCAUCUUGCUGCUUAUUCCACCACGGUGUCGUCAUCCUUAUGCUGACUGUGACACUGUAAAUGAUGAAUCGUCCUUAGUACGGCAUAGAUGGAAAUGAAGAAUUUGGUCAACUCAUGAAGAAUCCUUAUAUAUUCUGACAGGGAAUGAAGAAUGAUUCUCCAUUUUCUUCACCCUCAAGUUCUUAAGAUGUGUUAGAACUACAGCUUGUGCUUCUAAAUCGGCAUGAUUAUAUAAACUGAGAAUUACAGGAGGUGUAGUUGAACAGACUUGCAGGGCACAAGGUUAAGGUAUUUUAGCCAAAGAUGAAAAUCUGGGCUUCACUCUUUACAAAUACUGUGGUCUAUCACCUAAUCACCUCCAAUUCUCCUUUAACAUACAUUUAAUAUUUCAACAAUUAAUUAUGUUAUGUUAAUAUAUAGCCAUUUCAAAUGCUACUCUAUUGUUUGUUUGAUAUAUAGUUGCACCAAUUAAUACACUUUUUUUUAAAAAAGCUAAAACUUUAUUUUAUAGUUCCAAAAAUCUCUACGAAACAAAAACCUACAAAAUAUUCUUUUGAUAAGCCAUUCAUCAGAUUUGCCAUAAAGAAUAGAAAUAUUUCUUCUUUGAUUAAUUUUUUUUUCAUUAACAAUAUCUGUUCCUUGGUGAAUCAGCACUUCAUCAAGUAACCAGCAGAAAGAGUGAUUGAUAAUUAAAAGGAAGAAAAUAAGACAGUUUUUUUUUUUAAAUGAGGGCUUUUUUUCCUCUUUGGAAAAUGAUUUGCUUCUUUUAAUGGUUUACUCUGUGAUUCUUAAAAAAGGCGAAGCAGGGGAAAACACAGAAAUCAAACCCAUUGUGUAACUUUAGUAUGAAACUAGACUGCCUCUCUUCAGGGAUUCAUCAGUAUAUCGGCUUGAUGUAGAUACAGAUCGCCUUGCACCCGCAUUCAGCACAACUGGAACAUCCCUUUAAAGCUUCUCUCCCCCCCCCCCAUCUUUCUCUAUCUCCACCCCCUCUCCCACACAUGCAUUCCCAGUUCAUGACAUUUUAACAUUCACAACUUUACUACGCACAUAAAUGUCUUGGUUUUCUGAAUUCAUGCAUAAAUGAUCUUUGAAAGGGUUAUUUGAGCCUUUGUGCACAUAUCCUGCAGAAACAGCAUAGAUAUAAAGCAAAGUCUUUCUCUUUCUCCUUUCUCUCUCUCUCCAUUUGUGGAGACUCUAAUGACUAAAAACCAAAUUUGUAACAAUGCAAUUGAAGGGGAAUUUCUUCAGUUAAAUGAUUUGCUCAACUGCCAUGGGGAAAGGUGAGAAAGAUGAAGACCCAUAAAUGAUCUGAUGUUUAAUUACUUUACUUAACAAUAACAAUUUUUAUUGACCACCAUUUCAACACAUAGCAAACACAAUGCUAGCGGGAACUUAUUCACAUAUUUUUGUCUAUGCUAACUGUCCUUUGUCUUUGCCACUGCACUUGUGCCAAAGACCUUCACACUAUGAGAACAUGCAUUUAAAGCAAUACCCAUAAAUAUGAUUCUUAACU